UAAACUUGGUACAUUCACGAGACUGGACACGAAAACAGCACACUCAAAAUUUAACCAAAUACGAACAAAUAUUCAAAUCUUCUACAAAUAAAUUUAAACUGGUCAAGCAGUCACACUGAACGUUGGACGAAUUACACUGAGAACACGAUCAAUUUUCCCCCGAAAGAAUUAUUUUCAGUGCAUCUAAUAUGAUAACUUUAAAAAGACUUGUUCUUUAAUAAAAUUUCGAGUAAAAAGUGAUCAAAACAUUUUGGUAAUAUUUGUGAUGAAAAAACAGUUUCGUUUUAGUUUUGAAACUAUGGACAUUGUUUAAAAGUCGUUUAUUCUCUUUCAAUAUUACUUAUAAAUUAAGUCUUCAAAAUUUGCGAUAAUUUUCCUUCAUUCUUUGCUCUUCAAUUUGGUGUCAAGUUUAUUUUUUUCAUUUUUUCGUGAGCUGAAUUCAAUUUGAAUUACGCUUGGCGCUGUAUAUUAUAUGGGAAAGCAUUUCCGGGAUUAAAAAAAGAAUUAUUAUUCAAUAUCCAGGAAUUAACAUGCAUUUAUUAAACGGGUUAAAACGUUCUUUUAGUCGCGUAGUUGAAUUCCGCGGUUUGAACGUUAAUAUUACCAUUUGGGAUCACAGUAAGCUAUACGGCAAAACGCAGAAUGGUCCGAAUCGGUCGCAUUUGAGUGAGAAAGAUGAUGUUGCUGCAAUCGACAGACGAGCGACUUCUCCGCUCAGUGUAUAAGAAAUGCGUCAUACAGCAAAAACUCAGCGUAUACCAGAAAGAAAACUGCAAAGUGAUUUGACGACAAUUUCACAGUCCACAUUCUUACUAUGUUCUUCUGAGUGUGCACACAAGAAGAACGUAACGGUUCAUUAAAUUUUACAUCACGAAAGAAAGAAGACGCAUUUUAUCACCACUAUUGGAUUUCACUUUUGGAGAAAUCAGUGAAUGUUCAGGCCUGAAAAUCAUCAAUGGCAGUGACUUGUAGCAUUUUGAUUCUCCAAUAUUCGAUUGAUGUCUUGACGCAACGGGCAAGAAAAGUAUUCUUCAAGUCACAAAAACAUACAUUCUCAAUUUAAAGACGAUAGAAUAAUGUAUAAGCAACGUCGACCAACAAUGAACGAUUUGGAUGUGCAGUUAAUAAGAGAGUUUGCAAUGCGUCCGAUUAUCUAUAAUAAGGCCACACCAUUUUUUAAAAAUAAAUAUUUAACCGAUUGUGCUUGGGACGAAAUUGCAAAUAAAAUCGGUGGCGACGUGAAUCGAGUUCGGGAUCGAAUAAAUCAACUUCGAAAUCGAUAUAAUUUGGAAAAGCGCAAAGUUGACCUCCAAAAAGCUGAUGGAUAUACAAAUGCUCGCUCCACAUGGCCGUUAUUCGAACAUUUGCGUUUUUUGGAUAGCCACAUUCGACCAAGAAAAUCGUACAAAGCACUUGGACGUAAGCCGCGGCCGGUUGGAAGACCUCGUCGUAAUAAUCUUUAUGAAAAUGACUCUUAUGUGAUGUUCAAUGAACGAGGUACAGCUCAAUAUGCCAACCCAAUUGCCUUACAACAGCAGCAGCAGCAGCAGCAACAACAACAACAAGAACAACAGCAACAUCAGUUGCAACAAGAUCAAACUGUUCAAAUUAAAACCGAACCCGAUUUAAAUAAAGCAGCCGAUACGGAAUCGAAUGCUUAUCGUAGUGAAUAUGACACGGACGGUGAAGUAGAUGGCAACUAUCGCGAACAAAGCGAACCGAAAAGCAACAGUGAUGGUGAAAAUUUCAUUGAUCCGGCAUCAUUUUUGGUCGAAAAUGAGGACAGCAUAACAGAAGAUCCAAGUAAACAAAAUGGCAAUGUUCAAGAUUCCGGAACUUCCCACCCAUUUGCAAACGUACAAAAGAAAGUUCCAGCAAUUAGUCUUUCCUUAAGAAAUUUGAAUUCCAUGAGACAUCAGCCGCUGCCAAUGACAAAUGGUGAUACCAAUCAGAAUUCCAAUCAAACGAUUGCACUUGACUCGGAAUCGGAAAUAUCAACUCAAAAUCAGUCGUACAAACGCAUUACAUCGAAAAACCCAUCAUCAGCUAAAUUCGAAGCAUUCGGACAUUUUGUAGCUUCUUCACUUAUUGAUUUACCUGAAAAGAAUGCCUUGGAGUUAGUAGAAAAGUUCACUAGUGAAAUAGUCAAAUCACUGAUUGGAUCUAAAACAACGGCAGCAACACCUGAAAGAGAAUGAUUUCUUUGCCAUAUUAUCGUAGGUUUUCCAUUCUUUUCGUCGAAUAAAUUCGAUCUUAUCAGUAUUUGAUCUUUUUAGAAGAAUGAAUUCCUCUUCCUACCAUUGUUGUUACAAUUUGUUUCGAAAUCUAUCUUCCAACACUUGAUGAAUGUUAAUUAAAUUUAUUUAACUUUGCCUAAUUAUUAUAAAUAAUAAACCAUUGAAAAUGUUUGUUUGCAUUUAAAUUCUCUUAUAAAUGUAGUAAAUAAAGACAACAUAUUUAGUAAAACUAAAAUAAA